AACUAAAAAUACUCCUAAAAGUAAACCUUUAAUUCUUUAAUGCAGAAUUAAAGAUUAAUUGGCUAAUAAUUAUUAGUUGACGAUUAUUUAAAUAGCCGAUUAAUCGUGUCGGACAUGUUUGAUGUAAAAAGCAAAACAGGAGGAUAAAUACUCUGUCCCGAAGUCAUGGCCUAAAAACGGUCAAUUUAAGUUUGUUUUUAUUUUUUCUGGGUUUUUAUUUUUUUAGAACCGAGUAAAACACAAAAACCUGUUGCAUGUUAAGUUUUAACAUCUGCCCACAUGUCUGUAUGUUUCUUUUUGUCUUGAUUAUUUCUCUGACAUCCACUUCCUGCUACUCAGAUCUGUCUGCCGCGUGCGGGUCCCGCCGGACGGUCCGGGUCGGACCCAGUUGGAUGUGGACGGUACCUUGAUCAGGACCCGCUUCCUGUUCCCACCUCCAGCCCGGCGGAGGGAACAAUGAGGCGCAGCGGGACGCUAACAGGUGUCCGCCAUCAGCUGGAGGAGGACGGCCGAACCGGACCGAACAUGCGGCCCGUUCGGCUCCACUAGCAGAGUCUUCCUCACGGGAGGAAGAGUGGGAGGCGCUGGCUGACAUCCCCCACGGGACCGGGCCGAGCGAACAGGUGUGUCCCGGUACCAGCCUCCCGUACCGAGCCGUGGAGUUUCACCGCAGCUGGUGCGUAAAUACCAGAGAAGAGGAGGAAGAGGAGGGUCCAAAUUGACUAGUCGGAACAAAUUCACGGGUUAGAUCUUUUUAAAAAAUAUUAUUUUUUUAUAUACAUAUUUCUCGGUUUUGGACGGACGUGCAUUUUUGUCGGAGAAAUUUCCAAAAGUGGGUCAUCUGGUCAUUUCACUAUGACAACGAGAAAAUCCGCCGGUGCUGCUGGAGACGUGGAUCCCAUCUCCACCAGCAGCAGCACCGGUACCAGCAGGCUGCCGACCCAGACCCAGCAGAGCAGCCGGAGUUCCGCCGGAAGCGACCCGGUUCCGGGCGAGGCGCCGGAGAUGGUCGGGGAAUUCCGGGACUGGUGCCUGAAAACGUACGGGGACUCCGGGAAGACCAAGACCGUGACCCGGCGCAAGUACGACAAAAUCCUCCAGACGCUGCUGCAGGAGGGCGAAGGGGACGGCGGCCAUCAUCACAUCAACGCCAAGUUCAAAUUCUGGGUCAGGUCCAAGGGCUUCCAGGUGGGCCGAACCGGGCCGGACGGACCGGUGCUGUACGUCCCCAUUAAGGCAACGUGUGCGGACGGCGUGUCGGGCGGAGACCCGUCCCUGAAGCGAGUGGCGGUGGUGGAGGAUUUCUUUGAUAUAAUUUACGCCAUGCACGUGGAGAUCGGCACCGAUCCGGGAAAAACUCCCAAACACGCCGGCCAGAAGAAGACUUACAAAGCCAUCGCUGAGACGUACGCCUUCCUGCCCCGGGAGGCCGUGACGCGCUUCCUGAUGAGCUGCGGCGAAUGUCAGAAGAGGAUGCACAUCAGUACCGCUGGACAGGAUUACAAAGAGAACGACAGACCCGGCUCUCUGGUGUCAGAGGUCAUCGACUUCAAUGUUCCUCUCACUACCACCUACAUGAAGCAGAUGAAGCUGCACUUCCUCAACAGCAGCAGGAACAACAACAAGGAUGACAGUUCACUGAGCAGUGAGGAGGAGGCAGAGAUGAGCGAGCCCACAUGGCUACCAGCUGAUCUGGGCGCGGUGUCGGACCUGAGCCCGGCCAGCCGCACGGAGAGGAUCCGCCACAGCAAGGACGACGACGAUGAUUCGUCGUCAGAAAGCGGCAGCGGUAACGGCCUACCUGCCCUGACUCCACCCUCCUCUGCUGUGACGGACGGCACCAUCGUCAGGGAAACUGAGGUCGUCAACGGCGGCGGCGGCUCGGCGCCACUGGACUUCAGCAGGCCGACCUCUUCUUCCUCGUCAUCGGAGGACCAGCAGGCGGGGAACCUGAGCGAGCGCCUGCCGCUGCCUACCUCACACCUUCCCAUCACCGUGUCGGCCGCAGCCGCCGCGCUGCUCGGCGCGCUGCACCCCAACGCGCCCGAGGAGCUGCGCAGGAAGUACCCUCUGGCCGCCAAACCGCCACAUUCGGCGCUGCCGCUGCCGCACGCACACAGCACACACACACCGACACACGCCACCGAGCUGCGACUGGACCGGGACGGCCGGGACUACGGCAACAAGUCCCCUCAGUACAGCUCGGGGGGAAGCUAUGACAGCAUUAAGACGGAGCUGAGCGCCGAAGACCUCACCAUGGGGCGCCACGGCAACCAGGUCGCCCCUGACGAUGACGACGACGACCACGAUGACCAUGACGACAACGACAAGAUCAACGACACGGAGGGCGUCGACCCUGAGAGACUAAAGGCCUUCAACAUGUUUGUUCGCCUGUUUGUGGAUGAGAACCUGGACCGAAUGGUUCCGAUCUCCAAGCAGCCCAAGGAGAAGAUCCAAGCCAUCAUCGAGUCUUGCAGCAGACAAUUCCCAGAAUUCCAGGAACGCGCCCGCAAGCGCAUUCGCACCUACCUCAAAUCCUGCCGACGCAUGAAGAAGAACGGCAUGGAGACCCGCCCAACUCCGCCUCACCUGACCUCGGCCAUGGCGGAAAACAUCCUGGCCGCCGCCUGCGAGAGCGAAUCCCGCAACGCCGCCAAGAGGAUGCGCCUCGAAGCUUUCCACGAUGAGCAGGUGUCCCUGGAAAAGCCGUCCGGCGGCGGUGGCGGCGCCGCCCUGAGGGACCCCGUGUCCCUCGCUCACUCUGCCUACUCCUUGGCUGCAUCAGCCUUCCCCUCCCAGGACUCCCAGCUCUACAUCAACGGGGCCGGCCUCAGCUACGGUUACCGUGGUUACCCGGGCCUGAGCGCCGCCAUUCAGCACCCCGUCUCCCUAACGACCGGCGCCGCCACUCAGAGCAACGGUCCCACAGACCUCAGCAUGAAGUCGCUCUCCUCCACCAACAUCACCAACUGCUCCUCUUCCACCACCACCAACAACCUCAGCGGGCGCGGCGGCGGCGGCGGCGGCGGGGCAUCCACACAGCUCAGCCAACCAGAGAUCACGGCCGUGCGCCAGCUGAUCGCCGGUUACCGGGAGUCGGCGGCCUUCCUGCUUCGCUCAGCCGACGAGCUGGAAAACCUCAUCCUGCAGCAGAACUGAGGGAAACCAUGGGAGACAACACACACACACACACACACACACACACACACACACACACACACGUAAUGCUUGUUUAGUGUCUGCUUCGCCUGUGAUGAACUCCAGACCUCCUCUACUGUCGUCCCACCUGUGAUUCGGAUUCAGUGGAAUAAAAGCAGAAACAAUCUCCCCACAUCUAAACGGACCGACUCUGCAUGUGGGAAACAUUUUUUUUUAUUUUAUUUUAUUUUUUUUGUUUUGAGGAAAACACGGAGCAGAAAGUUCACAAUCAGCUGGAGGAAAACUGAUGGUACUGUCCAGAUAAAACUCUCCAGAUUAAAUAGAGAAGUGUUUUAUUAUUAUUAUUAUUAUUAUUAUUAUUAUUAUUAUUAUUAUCCAGUGAAUUUGUUGAAAACUGAAUAGUUUAAACUAAUAUCUGAUGAGUCCC